GCGAUGGCCCCAGUUGCUACCGACCUGUCGCUGCUGUGGUCUUCCGCCGCCAUCGUCAACCCCGGAGCAGCCAAAACCAGAAACCCGCACUUAAACAUGAGCUUCACCGUCGAAGAGAGGGGCAACCCGAACUCCCCGAGCUACCGCCUGUUCUUCAAAAAUGGAGAAGGAAAGUACAUCUCCCCAUUCCAUGACAUACCAAUAUAUGCUGAUGAAAGCCAGAACAUCUUCCACAUGGUUGUUGAAGUACCCAGAUGGACAAACGCAAAGAUGGAGAUUGCUACAAAAGAUGUCUUAAAUCCAAUAAAGCAGGAUGUGAAGAAAGGGAAGUUGCGCUAUGUGGCUAAUGUUUUUCCUCACAAGGGCUACAUAUGGAACUAUGGAGCAAUCCCUCAGACAUGGGAGGAUCCAGCCCAUAAAGAUAAAGACACUAACUGCUGUGGUGACAACGAUCCCAUUGACGUCUGUGAAAUUGGCAGCAGGGUGUGCAUCCGUGGAGAGGUCGUCAAGGUGAAGGUGCUCGGUAUCUUGGCCAUGAUUGAUGAGGGAGAAACUGACUGGAAAGUCAUUGCAAUCAACGUAGAGGACCCUGAAGCCAAUGAGUUCAACAACAUCAGCGAUGUCCAGCGCCUGAAACCUGGUUAUCUGAAGGCCACGGUGGACUGGUUCAGGAGGUACAAAGUGCCAGAUGGAAAACCAGAGAACCGCUUUGCUUUCAACGAGGAGUUCAAAGACAAGGACUUUGCCACUGAAGUGAUCAAGAGCACUCACAACUUCUGGAAAGCCCUCAUUUGCCAACAGACGAAAGCUGGUGAACUCAACUGCAAAAACACAUGUGUGUCAGUUGGCGACAGCCCGUACUGCUGCUCAGCAGAUGAGGCCAAAGUUGCUGUUGGUGAGACGUGUCCUUGUGGAAAAGAAGAGCCUAUCCCAUCAUCAGUUGAUAAAUGGUUCUACUAUGAGAAGAAGUGAUCCAGGAGCUGAGUGGUUGCAAGAACAAACAAACCGAUCUGUGACAGAUGUACUUGAAGAUUAACUUAAAUUCGACACUAGUGGGAUUGCCAGGUAGUUGCGUUUAGGUCCUCUGUCGACCUGUAGGUGGAGUGGUAGUGAUUAGAUACUGACAAAAAUCCAAAUGUACUCAUGACCAACAGCGUUUUCCCUUAUUUAAACAAAAAUCUCUGUAGAGUUGUGCUGUCAGUACUGGAAAUGUGCCUCAUAGAAAUGUGUGUGCUGUAUGACACUGAUCUGCUUUAAUAAAGCUCUGCCUAAAUUAU